ACUUGCUCGACGGCAGUCGAAAGCGUCGGUUCGGUUUUUCAUUGCUGCUCCGCGAUCGGGCAGAUAUUACCCCCCGCCCUCCCGUCCCCCCGUCCUCAAGCAGGGGUUAAGCUUGAUCCAAAGGUUAAUUUGGCGAGAGAGAUCAGAGACGAAGAUCAGGGAUCAGGAUCAGUCAGCUAUGUCGUUUUUCCGCAACAUACGCUCCUCGCUGUCGUCAUCGUCACGGGCCAAGAGUUCCUCCUCCCGCGACACGACGCCAGUGCGCACCUCCGGCUCCCGUCCGGCCAGUGUGGUCAGCGUGGGCAGGGCCUCCUCCAGUCGUCGCGAUUCGACGACCAGCUCCACACUGCAGCGCGGGGAUACCUUCAUACUGCCCGGAUCCGACGAGGAGGCCAACACGCACUCGAACAGCUCCACCCUGGAGAAGAAGUCGAAGAAAUCGAAGGUCUUCGGAAAGUUCAGCACCUUCACGAAGCGAAAAAAGACGCCCGCCAGCGCGCCCGCGGAGGAGGAGGUGGCCAGCUACGAGCAUCAUCCGAGCGACACGGCCACCAACACGUACUACAAGUGGCGCAGCGACGGCGGAGAUCGGCUGCAGGACUACGACGCGCAGUCGGAUCCGUUCAACUUCCUGUACGAACAGCACUCCAACCUGAGGAACCUGCAGUCUGGCUCAGCCGGGGAGUCGUCCGUGCAUCGGCAGGCCAGCAUCGGGUCCAACUCCAGCGGCAGCUUCGACUCCUCCACGUACCGCAAGAGCAAGACGCCCACGCAUCUGCGCGAGCAGCUGGAGCAGCUGAAGACCCACUCCAACGACGAUCUGCUCGAGGACCAGCAGCGGGAGGAGGACGAGCGGGAGAAGUACAAGACGGUGACGUUGAACAGCUUCAGGAAAUCGUUCCGCGAGCGCCUGCUCCAGCAGCAGAAGGAGGCCCCGCACAAUCCCGCCUGGUUCGUGGAGGUGCCGCCGCCGCCCACCCCAGAUCCCCUCAAGACGAGCGGCAGCCGCUGGGAGUCCAAGGAGAACCGGCCGGACUUCCUUGUCUUCGAGAACGACAACUACCGGCCGCAGUCGCGCUCCCCGCUCCGGGAUCGCCCCUCCCGCUCUGCCACCCGAUCGCCAGUGAAACGCAACGAGACCUUCCGCGUGGUGCAGCCCUCCCUGCGGCACAUGUCGCCAUCGCCAUCGCCAUCGCCUGCUCCCUCCAUAAGGAUCGAGAUCAAGAACUCCAUUUCGCCCCAUUCCCCGGGAAGGUUCGUGCCCGUGGGCGUGGCCAAGCCCAUGCCCACAACGGAGUACUAUGCGCAGAGGCUGUUGGCCAGCAAUCCGAGCAGACUGGGACCUCCAUCGACUGCGAGAACCGCCAGUCCCAGUGCCUCUCAGCGGUGGUACCGCCCGCAGAGCUCUCCCACACGAAUGCAGCCCACGAGGAUGAGUGUGGACCCCCAGCAGAGCUCUCGGCUGAGCGUGAAUCAGCAGCAGUCCUCGCGGAUGAGCGUGGGCCAUCAGCAGGCCUCGCAGCAGAGGGGUGGCAGGACCCUGGUGCACAUCGGCAGUGACCAGAGCAGGUCCCUGUCCGCCGCCAAUCCAAUGCCCGCUCGAGGCAGGGCCCCCACGAGGGUGCAGCUGUACGGCAGCAAGCCCCAGAGCCGACAGCAGCAGCAGCAGCAGCCAUCGUCGACGUACUUUGGAGGCCACUACAAUGCACCUGCCACCCCCACCCACACCAGCAGCAGCGCCAACAGUGCCCCACUGAAGCAGCGGGGAUCCUCCAGCGGCCUGGGUGGGGCAACGGUCUACGGCGGGGGCGUUCCCACCGUUUAUUUGGGGCGUCGCGAACAGCCAAUGACACGUGCCGCCCCCGUGCCCACACGACGCAAUCGAUCGCCCAUCAAAAUGCCCUGGCGAUAGAGGGAGACAGAGAGAGAGAGAGAGAGACGGAGAGAGAGGGAGAGCUCGCGAAGUUCUUUCCGUAGAAAGACACCCAAGAGUGAGACCCAAGAGGUCUUGCGUCAUGAGCGGGCACUGGACUUCGAUCGUUAAUGAUUUAUUAUGUAUCCAUCGAAUACAGCCCCUCUCGUAUAUCGUAUCUAUCGGAUGUGUGUUGUGAAUUUCGCUACGUAAAAUUAUUUUUUAAGUAAAGAUCAAUAAUACGUAAAUAAAUAUACGAAAAUUUGUCUACUCAA